AUGUCUAGCCCCGAGCCGCCGUCGUCUGAAGAUUUUAGAUACCACCCCAAAUUCGCAUCUUUAGACGCCGACAUCGUCCUACGCUCUAGUGAAGGCACAUUCUACCGUGUUUCCUCCUUUGUUCUUCGCUCUACCUCUGCUUUCUUCAACAGUUUACUCUCUCUUCCUAGAGGCGAUCAUGACAAUGAUGAAACGCAUCCUAUCCCAAUUCCUCAUCCCGACUGUACCGUAACCCCCGUUCUUCUCAUGCUGUGUGGCUUUGAAAUUCCACGUUGGGAUUCCUUUGACCAGGUGGAAGAAAUUUUGGUACUCGUCGAGGAAUGGGAUACCGCAGGACCGUUAUCCAUAAUUAGGUCAAGUAUCACCGCGCCCAUGUUCCUUGCGGAACCUCUUCGUCUCUACGCUGUCGCUUCUCAUUUCGGUUGGGAAGACGAGAUCAGACUGAGUUCAAGUCACACGUUAGGUCUCAACCUUUACGCUGAAGAAAACCAGAAAACAUUGGAACGGCUCCCACCUCGAUCACUACUCGCUCUGAUGAAGCUGCACAGAUUGAGGAGGGAUGUUUUGAAAGGGUAUUUAGAUGACCCUGACGUCUUUCAUGCUGGAAAUUUGACGGUUAGAGUGUGUGAUAAGUGCACCCAGGAAGUUGACAACUCUCCUUGGAGAGAGUUGAAGGCAAAGAUCUUUUGGGAGAUGGAUAAGAAUCCCAAGGGGGAUUCAAUAGGGAACUGGCAAAUGGAGGAUUGGCCUGAGACGGCAGCUUGCUGGAAUGCGAGAUGUCGAAGGCUGGGAUGUGGACAUUUACUUUAUGGCAAAUUGGAUACGCUCAAUCACUUGAGAAGCUGUUUGAAGCGGUUGCCGACUACGGUGGAGCUGUGA